AUGUCUGAUACAGCGAAAUAUGUAGACGAAACAGAAGACGUGGAAGCAGAAGAAGAUGAUGAUUCAGUUGUUGUAGACGAGGAGAUCGAGACAGGACAUCCAAAAUUCACCAUACUACACCCACCUGACGAAAGAAUUGUGCCUCCUUUGAAUUUCUGCCCGGUAGAGAGGUAUUUGUACAGGUCGGGUCAGCCAUCAAACGUAAAUUUCCCGUUCCUACUGAACUUGAAGUUGAAAACAAUAAUAUGGCUAGCCAACGAGGAGCCUCAGGAUGCCCUUCUUGAGUUUUGCGACGACCAUAACAUACAGCUACAGUUUGCUGCUAUAAAUCCUGACGGCGGUGAGGAUGACAACCCCUGGGACGGGCUCACUGAACACUCCAUCAGAAAUGCCUUGCAUACCAUAGUCAACUCGGAAAACUAUCCUUUGCUUGUGUGCUGCGGUAUGGGCAGACACAGAACCGGAACCGUGAUUGGAUGCUUGAGGCGGCUCAUGGGGUGGAACUUGGCCAGUGUCUCCGAGGAAUACAGAAGAUUCACGGGAAGCCGUGGGGGACGGAUUCUAGUAGAACUUCUCAUAGAAGCCUUCGACAUAUCUACGGUGGAAAUAGACCGAGAAAAGGCACCCGACUGGUUAGUAACGGCGUUGUCGUAA